UGUGUGUUUGUUUGUUUAUUUAUCUGUUGGGUGGAGGGAAGACGGAAGGAAGCAAACUGGGCUCCAGAGUGCGAGCGACAAAGAGAGAGAGGGUGUGCGCGCGCGCGCGUGUGAGAGCGGGGGGAGAAACCCGAAUGGGCGACCCAACUGCCUCUGUGUGCGCUCGCGCGCGCCCCCGCCAACGGACUCAACGGGGCUCCGUCAGCUGAAGGAGAGCGAGCGAGCGAGAGCGCGCCCCCGCCCGCCCCCUUUUUCUGUCAAACGCUGAGCGGGUGAGGAACGGGCACGCGAGCGAGGGGGCCGCGGGCACGCGCCGCUGGAAUCUUCGGGGGGCGACCCAAGGCGCCCGCGCCACAGCCGGACAGGCAACUCGCAGGCGGGCGCUGAGGGGAGCGGGAGAACGAGCCGAGUAGUGGGGAGGGGAUUCCGGCCGCCUCUCUCCCUCCCUCCCUCCCUCCUCCGGGCUCGGCUGUCUCCGGCUCCGGUCCACGCGGAGGUUAAUUAGAAUUUGACCUUCAGCCAAGUCUACUAGUCUUGGAAAUAUGUGGAAUAUAAUUGUAGUUUUAGAUCUCUGCAGUAAAGAUUCAAACAGCAUGGCUUCUCAAAGUUGAAAAACACUUCAUGUAAAGACUGUAGCAAUGUUUCUGGGUUAUAUCAAAGACCCGCACAUCUUUGUACUGUACAACAUGUGGAUAACAGAGAACUUUCAAUGAUGUAAUCAUCAUGUGAAGCAGGGGACCGUGUGGGAUCUGCUUGAUCCAAAAGGAUAAGAGGUUGCAGGUUUUCCUGCAGGAAUCUACAAACAUAGUUUUUUGAUAACAUUAAGAGAAGAUAACUAACAAAAUGCCUCCACGACCAUCUUCCGGUGAACUGUGGGGCAUCCACUUGAUGCCACCAAGAAUCCUAGUAGAGUGUCUUCUACCUAAUGGUAUGAUAGUGACUUUAGAAUGCCUCCGUGAGGCCACCCUAUUAAAUAUCAAACACGAACUCUUUAAAGAAGCUAGAAAAUACCCUCUCUAUCAGCUCCUUCAAGAUGAGUCAUCUUACAUUUUCGUAAGUGUUACACAAGAAGCAGAAAAAGAAGAAUUUUUUGAUGAAACGCGGCGACUAUGUGACUUGCGGCUCUUCCAGCCUUUUCUAAAAGUCAUAGAACCAGUAGGAAACAGAGAAGAGAAGAUUCUGAAUCGAGAAAUUGGUUUUGCUAUUGGCAUGCCUAUCUGUGAAUUUGACUUGGUUAAGGAUCCAGAAGUUCAGGACUUCAGAAGAAACAUCCUUAAUGUUUGUAAAGAAGCAGUAGAACUGCGAGAUGUUAAUGCAUCCCAUAGUAGAGCAUUGUACGUCUGUCCCCCAAACAUAGAAUCUUCACCGGAGUUGCCCAAGCAUAUAUACAAUAAACUUGAUAAAGGACAAAUAAUAGUGGUAAUAUGGGUUAUAGUCUCCCCCAACAAUGACAAGCAGAAGUACACCUUAAAAAUCAAUCAUGAUUAUGUGCCAGAGCAAGUAAUCGCUGAAGCAAUCAGGAAAAAAACACGAAGUAUGUUGUUGUCAUCAGAACAGCUAAAACUCUGUGUGUUAGAGUACCAGGGGAAAUAUAUAUUAAAAGUUUGUGGUUGCGAUGAAUAUUUGCUAGAAAAGCACCCCCUGAGUCAGUAUAAGUACAUCCGGAGCUGUAUCAUGCUUGGUCGAAUGCCCAACUUGAUGCUGAUGGCUAAGGAAAGUCUGUACGCCCAGCUGCCAUUGGAUACCUUUACAAUGCCAUCUUAUUCAAGGCGCAUUUCUACAGCUACACCAUACAUGAAUGGAGAGGCUUCUGCCAAAUCCCUGUGGGUUAUUAACAGUCAUCUCAGAAUAAAGAUUCUCUGCGCUACCUAUGUAAAUGUAAAUAUUCGAGAUAUUGACAAGAUCUAUGUCCGAACUGGUAUCUAUCAUGGAGGAGAGCCAUUAUGUGAUAAUGUGAAUACUCAGAGAGUACCUUGCUCCAAUCCCAGAUGGAAUGAAUGGCUGCAAUAUGAAAUGCACAUUCUUGAACUUCCACGUGCUGCUCGGCUUUGCCUUUCUAUUUGCUCUGUUAAAGGCAGAAAAGGUGCAAAGGAGGAGCACUGCCCAUUGGCGUGGGGGAAUAUUAAUAUGUUUGAUUACACAGACACUCUUGUUUCUGGCAAGAUGGCUCUGAAUCUGUGGCCUGUACCUCAUGGGUUGGAAGACCUGUUAAAUCCCAUUGGAGUCACUGGAUCAAACCCAAAUAAGGAAACUCCAUGUUUGGAGCUGGAAUUUGAUUGGUUUAGCAGUCCUGUAAAGUUUCCUGACAUGACAGUCAUUGAAGAUCAUGCCAACUGGACUAUAUCUCGAGAACUAGGGUUUAGCUACAGUCAUGCGGGGCUGAGUAAUAGACUAGCUAGAGAUAACGAAUUAAGAGAGAGUGACAGAGAGCAGCUCCGUGCAAUCUGCACCCGAGACCCCCUGUCUGAAAUAACUGAACAAGAAAAGGACUUCCUUUGGAGCCACAGGCACUACUGUGUAAACAUGCCAGAAAUCCUCCCUAAGCUGCUCUUAUCUGUUAAAUGGAACUCUAGAGAUGAAGUUGCCCAGAUGUACUGCUUGAUAAAAGAUUGGCCUCCCAUCAAGCCUGAGCAAGCAAUGGAGCUUUUGGAUUGCAACUACCCAGAUCCAAUGGUGCGAGCAUUUGCAAUUCGGUGUCUGGAAAAAUAUUUGACAGAUGACAAACUCUCUCAGUAUUUGAUUCAGCUGGUACAGGUUCUGAAGUAUGAGCAGUACUUAGAUAAUCAGUUGGUGAGAUUUUUACUCAAGAAGGCACUGACCAAUCAGAGAAUCGGGCAUUUCUUCUUUUGGCAUCUAAAGUCCGAAAUGCACAAUAAAAAUGUUAGCCAGAGAUUUGGUCUGCUCUUGGAGUCCUACUGCCGAGCAUGUGGGAUGUACCUAAAGCAUCUGAGUAGGCAAGUGGAAGCUAUGGAAAAACUGAUUAACCUCACAGACAUCCUGAAACAGGAGAAAAAGGAUGAAACACAAAAGGUACAGAUGAAGUUCCUUGUUGAGCAAAUGAGGCGGCCAGACUUCAUGGAUGCAUUGCAGGGCUUUAUAUCUCCUCUCAAUCCAGCUCAUCAGCUUGGAACCCUUAGGCUUGAGGAAUGCAGGAUUAUGUCAUCGGCGAAAAGGCCAUUAUGGCUUAAUUGGGAAAACCCAGAUAUUAUGUCUGAGCUGCUAUUUCAGAAUAAUGAGAUCAUCUUUAAAAAUGGGGAUGAUCUGCGUCAGGAUAUGCUCACACUUCAAAUAAUUCGAAUUAUGGAGAACAUCUGGCAAAAUCAAGGCCUUGAUCUUAGGAUGCUGCCUUAUGGCUGCUUAUCUAUCGGUGACUGUGUGGGGCUCAUUGAGGUUGUGAGAAAUUCACACACAAUCAUGCAGAUCCAGUGCAAAGGUGGCCUUAAAGGUGCGCUGCAGUUCAACAGUCAUACACUACAUCAGUGGCUCAAAGACAAGAACAAAGGAGAAAUGUAUGAUCCAGCUAUUGAUUUGUUUACACGCUCUUGUGCUGGCUAUUGUGUAGCUACUUUCAUAUUGGGAAUUGGAGAUCGUCAUAAUAGCAAUAUCAUGGUGAAAGAUGACGGGCAGCUGUUUCACAUUGAUUUUGGACACUUCCUGGAUCACAAAAAGAAAAAGUUUGGCUACAAACGAGAGCGUGUACCGUUUGUCUUAACACAAGAUUUCUUGAUAGUGAUUAGUAAAGGAGCCCAAGAAUGUACCAAAACGAGGGAAUUUGAAAGGUUCCAAGAAAUGUGUUACAAGGCAUACCUAGCAAUCCGACAGCAUGCCAAUCUUUUCAUAAACCUCUUCUCCAUGAUGCUUGGCUCGGGGAUGCCAGAACUACAGUCUUUUGAUGACAUUGCCUAUAUCCGCAAGACACUUGCAUUGGACAAAACUGAGCAGGAAGCACUUGAGUAUUUCAUGAAACAGAUGAAUGAUGCUCAUCAUGGUGGCUGGACAACAAAAAUGGACUGGAUCUUCCACACAAUCAAGCAGCAUGCCUUGAACUGAGACAAAAAUAAAGAUGAUGAAAACUCUUGCCCCAUUUUGUGGGUCUUCCACUGCACUGUUGACUGUUGGCAGUAAGACAUUUGUUGCAUCAAAAUUGCACAAACCAAAUACAGCAUUUGAACUUUUGCAGCAAGAUUGAAAACUCAAAACUAAAACAGGGUUUUGGGACACUACAAACUGCAUUUCAAAAUAUAAGUUUCCUAUGUGUACAGUCAUUUUAUGCCUUAAGUCCAGAAAGGUAAACUUUGGAGAUUUGUUUAUAUUGGUUUGUUUAAUUAAGAAAUCUGUGCCAGCAUUAAAACCAGUCUUUCACGUGUUCCAGUUGGCCUGGUGAAAAUUGGACUCAUGUGGGUUGCAAAAGAUGGAAAAGAAGGAAAGCUUAGCAAUAUUAUUAAUUGCUCCUGAGAGUUUUCCUCUCCCAUGAACUCAACUCAGUAGAUUGUAGGAGUUGGUGCCUUUAUAACGUCAGAUAUAAUUGAUGGAUUUAAGAAUAGCAGUCUUUCUUGGUUCUUGAUUGACCACCUAGUUCAAACAAGUCUUUAGGAAUAUAUCUUAAGAUUCUGCUGGGCAGUAUUAGUAAGGUAAAAACGUACCUCCUCCACCACCUCAAAGGUCUGGCUGAUGGGGAGGAUUGGGUUUAGUGCAACACUUUGGAUUUUAUUUUUUUCUAACCUAAACCUCAAAACAAUUUUUCAUGCAUGCUUUCCAGAGCCUAAAAAGAGGUGAGUUGUUAGAAUUAAAGAUUAUUUUUAUAAAGGUUAUUUAUAUAACAGAAACUAUUAAUAUAUAAUAUUUCUUUACAUUGAUUUGUCCAGUUUUCUGUCAUUUUAAUUCUGCAGACCACUUCUCUGUUUAACAGCCUGAUUGUAUAAGCCACUGGGCUAAUGUAGUGACCUAUAGGGUCAGGUUUAAAGAUCCCUGUGCUGACUUUUAGGGCAUGACUUGUCCACGUGUGCUUGCGACCUCAGUCUAGAGCCAGUGCAGAUGCAGCUAUCCCAAAGGGCCUUACAAGGCACACUUCCCCUGCAUCAAGGGGCUUGCUCAGCUUUAGGGUCUUUCCAGUGGCAAGCUGAGCAGAGCUGCAUAGGUGUAACCCACUUGCAUGUUUUAGAACAUUGCUUAGAUGCAGCAGCACAAACCUCUGCUCCUGCAGUGGCAGUCUAGGACCAGGCUACUGCCUGUAGUCCUAAUUAAUUUGCUUAAAAGGAGGUUGCACUGAAAUCAAUGAGUUGCACUUCAAAAUAAACAUGUUUUAUGAUCGGAGCAUUCAGCUCCAUAACAAGGGUUCUCAAAGUCUGAUAGUGAGUUUAUAACUGAAGCAACAAACAUUUGCUGAAUUUUAGGUUUAAAACAAAGCAAAGAUGCACUUGGCAGCCAGGUGAAGGGAAAUGCAAAGGAGGGACACCAGGAAGGUAUAGCUCCCUUGCAAAAUGUAGGGAGCUUUUUGAUUGGCUUUCACUACUGUCGAUUAACACAAUUAGAAUAGAAACUUGCAUGGUUUGGGAAAUGAGGGGAGGAGAAUGGGAGGACCUGUGUCCUCUGUUUCCUGACCCAGUGGUGCCACACAUAAACUAUGGCAGGUUAUCGGAAGAGCUUGUGCUUCCAUUGGUAACUGCUUGUACUUCCAUAGGAAGAUUUACCUAUGGAGAUAUAAGCAAUAAGUUAAAUUAUAACUAAUACUUCAAAUAAGUUCCAAUGUCAGUUGUGGUGUGUUAAGAUGGAAUGAGGCCCUUCAUGUCUUCCUCCAAAUAAUCUCAGGCAAUACUCCUUAAAUGAUAUUCUGGUUAUUUUGUUAAUUCUUGACUGCAGACCACUUCUGUUUUGGCCUUCUUUCUUGGACUGUUAGAAAGCAAUCGCUUAAUAACAGUAACCAAUGAAAUAGAAGAUAUAUUUUGAAUCUGAUCACUAAGUAGUCCCUUGUACUGCAAAAUACACAAUAAUCCCUAGCAUGCUGAGCUAACCAACCAAUAUUUUAUAGCUGUUUGUGUGUGUGUGUGCGUGCGUGCGUGUGUGUGUGUACAUAUAUAUCUGUAUAUUUCUGUCUUUAUAACAACAUGAAAUCGGCACCAACUAGCAGAACUGUUGGUAGAACUUAUUAAAAAAAAUGUUUUUAUUACA